UAUAAGCAACAAAAGCAAUCCCAAAACCUUCUUCUAUCACAAACUUCAAUUUGGUAUUAACUUAGUGAUAACGAAAGGGAUUGCAUAGAUUCACACACUAACCCCUCAAAAGUGGACCCUUUUUUUGUUUUAGCUUAGCUUAGCUUCCUUUGGCUUUGGAUUCUCUUUCUUUUAAAUAUUAUUGGGAGCUUUUCCCUUUUUUUUCUUUUCUAUGUUGGAUUCUUCAUUUUUUGCUUUCUGGGUGCUUUUGAAAUCCACAUUUCAUUGAUGGGACUUGUUUUUACUAAAUGGGCAUGCGCAUUCUUACUCUCUUGUUGGCUCAUAACCUACAAGGUACAUUCAGUGGAGGGGUUACAUAGGGGUUCUAAAGUGAGAGGAGUGAACUUGGGAGGGUGGUUGGUCAUUGAAGGUUGGAUCAAACCUUCAUUGUUUGAUGGCAUUGCCAAUGGAGACAUGCUUGAUGGAACAGAGGUGCAAUUUAAGUCAGUGACAUUGCAGAAGUAUGUAUCUGCAGAUAAUGGGGGAGGAAUGAAUGUGACUGUUGAUAGGGAUGUCGCAUCUUCAUGGGAAACCUUCAGGUUAUGGAGAGUCUCUCCAUCUGAAUUUCAAUUUCGUACCUCGAAAGGUCAGUUUCUUACAUGUGAUGGCGAUGGCUGCACUGUCUCGGCAACAGCAAACUCUCCUUCAACAUCAGAGACAUACGAAAUAGAGCGGAAUGGGAACAGUAGAAUUCAUAUGAAGACAAAGAAUGGGGCCUAUCUACAGGCUACAACAGAUGGUCAGCUUACAGCAGAUUACCCGGGUUCACCAGGAUGGGAUGAUAAUGCUGCCACAUUUGACAUGACAAUUUUGUCGAAUAAUUUACAUGGUGAUUACCAGCUAGCAAAUGGAUAUGGACAUGAUCGUGCGAAAGAUGUUCUUAAGAGACAUAGAAAUACCUUUAUCACCAUUGAGGAUUUCAAGUUUCUAUAUAAACACGGAAUAAACACUGUGAGGAUACCAGUUGGGUGGUGGAUUGCUUUCGAUCCUGAUCCUCCGAGUCCUUUUAUUGAAGGAAGUCUUGAUGCUCUAGAUAAUGCAUUUUUAUGGGCACAAGAAUAUGAUAUAAAAUGCAUAAUUGAUCUUCAUGCUGCUCCUGGUUCCCAAAAUGGGAUGGAACAUAGUGCAAGCAGAGAUGGAUUCACCGGCUGGCCCGAUUCUCCAGAUAACAUUCAACAGUCAUUGAAUGUUAUUGAAUUUUUAGUUUCUAGAUAUGCAAGGAAUCCUGCUUUGCUGGGAAUUGAGCUUCUAAAUGAACCGUCUGCCGGAACAGUUCCAUUAGAUACUUUAGUUUCUUAUUACAAACAGGGCUACCAAAUUGUUAGAAAACACUCUUCAACAGCUUAUGUAAUAAUGUGCCAAAGAAUUGGCAUGGCAGAUCCUAUGGAACUCUACCAAGCCAACAUAGGAUCUCACAACACAGUUUUGGAUUUGCAUUACUACAACCUCUUCGACGCGUAUUUUGUUAAUAUGAGCGUCGGCGAUAACAUACAGUACAUAUACAAUAGCCGGGAAGGUCAACUCAAGGCCUUGAAUAGUUCAAAUAGCCCACUUGUUUUUAUUGGAGAGUGGGUGAAUGAGUGGAAUGUGACAAGCGGAUCGCAAAAGGAUUAUCAAGAUUUCGGAAGGGCACAGUUAGAAGUUUACAAUGCAGCUUCCUUUGGAUGGUGUUACUGGACAAUAAAAAAUGACAGACAGCACUGGGAUUUUGAGUGGAACAUUAGGAGCAACUAUCUUCAGUUAGGCAAAUCACCCAGCAAACAGAGAUUUAACAUUUUUGGAUUGAUAGGAUUGGCAUUCACGUGCUUUUGUCUCCCUUUUUUGUGAAACAACCUUCGCCUUAGCCUGCGAUGAAAGCAUAUUUGAUUCGAUGCAAUUAUUUUUUUCUCAUAAAGUUUUCCAUCUUGUUCAUUUAGAUGGAUUCAUAGAGUGAUGUAUUUUCAGGCAUAAUUUUCAAUACAGCAUUUCAUUCAAAUAAAACUACAAGUAAUAUUUUACAUUGAAAAUAAUUGG